UUUGCCUUCCCAUUUAUGUAGUUUUGCAGAGAUUGGAGUAGAAAGUUGAUAAUUUAGAGAGAGAUAGUAAAAACCCAGUUUGCAUAUUUGGAGUAGUUCCAGCUGAUUGAAGAAAGAUCAAGACUUUAUUAUAACCUGGGAAGUUCUUUUGUCCUUCAAGUUGUCCCUUUUUUUUUUUUUUUUUUUGAAUGAAAUUCAAGGAACUUGAUUGUUGGAAGAUAAAUCGGAGUAUUAAUUUUAAGCAGCAAAGUCUCAAAUAGAGUCUGGGAAUCUUACCACAACAUCAUCACAAGACAAAAUCUGAAUAUUUUUUUUUGGAGGUUUCAUGUUCUAUGGAUGGGUUUCUGUUGUAAGUUGCAAGAGUUGAGAUGAUGAAAACAGCUUCAAUGUUCCAAUUAAUGCUAUUGAUUCUCUUCUUUACAAGAAGAGAAUUUGUUCGUUUCGGUGAUGCACAGUUAGCAGAAUGCUUAGAGUCUGACCGAGUUGCUCUCGUUGCCUUCAAAAAUGGUCUUAAUGAUCCUGAAAACCGGCUUUCAUCAUGGAAAGGAAGCAACUGCUGUCAAUGGCGGGGAAUAAGCUGUGAAAGCAGUACAGGAGCUGUUAUUGCUGUCGAUCUCCAUAAUCCAUAUCCACAAGGUUUUGAUUCUUCAAGCAGGUAUGGAUUCUGGAACCUCAGUGGGGAAAUUAAGCCUUCAAUGAUGAAACUGAAGUCCUUGAGAUACUUGGACUUGAGCUUCAACACAUUCAAUGACAAUCCAAUUCCUGAAUUUUUCGGAUCUUUGAAAAAUUUGCAAUAUCUAAACCUCUCGAAUGCAGAGUUUAGUGGUGCAAUUCCUCCAAAUUUAGGAAACCUCUCAAGCUUACAGUAUCUUGAUUUGAAGUACUCACCGAGUUUAUAUGUUGAAAAUCUUGAAUGGUUAAAGGGUCUUGUCUCUCUAAAGCAUCUUUUGAUGCGUGAAGUUGAUCUUUCAAUGGUGGGAUCCAAUUGGGUUAGGACAAUAAACAAGCUUCCUUCUUUAACUGAGUUGGACCUGUCUUCUUGUCUCUUAUCUGGUUCGAUUCCACCUCUCAGUCCUUUCAAUUUAACUUCACUUGCUGUAGUAGACCUUUCUUUUAAUGGUUUCAAUUCAAAAAUACCUGAUUGGCUUCUUAAUAUUAGCAGCCUCAUUAGCUUGGAUAUAAGCUACAGUGGCUUUUUUGGAAGAAUUCCACUUGGUUUUAGUGACAUGCCAGAUUUGAAGUUUUUGAAUCUUGCUGGUAAUAACAAUCUCACAGCAAGUUGUUCUCAAUUGUUGAAAGGAAGAUGGGAGAAAAUUCGAGUCCUCGAUUUAGCAUCCAAUAAACUACAUGGGAAACUUCCUGCUUCCAUUGGAAACAUGACGUUUCUCACUCACUUAGAUCUUUUUGUCAAUAAUAUUGAGGGUGCAAUUCCAAGCUCUAUUGGCAAUCUUUGCAACCUGAUAUUUUUUCGUAUAUCAGGUAAUAACUUGACUGGAACAUUACCUGAAUUCAUCGAAGGAGCAGAAAAUUGUCAUUCUAGGAGCCCUUUGCCUAGUUUGCAGUACUUGGAUUUGUCAGUCAAUCACUUGGCUGGUAAGUUACCAGAAUGGAUUGGUCAGCUGAAGAAUAUUGUUCAACUCGGUUUGGACUAUAACUCUCUGAAUGGUCCCAUCCCAGCUUCUUUAGGAUUAUUGCAAAAUCUUACUGAUCUGGGACUUUCAGGAAAUGAUCUGAACGGGACUCUCCCUGAAAGUUUGGGACAACUUUCUCAUUUGUCUACUUUUGAUGUUUCUUCCAAUCAUCUGACAGGUAUGGUCACUGAAACACAUUUUUUGAAGCUAAGUAAGCUAAAACGUUUACAUCUGUCUUCCAACUCCUUCACCUUGAAUGUCAGUUCCAACUGGUUUCCUCCAUUCCAACUUUCUAAUCUUGAUAUGCGUUCAUGUAGUUUAGGUCCUUCAUUUCCUUCUUGGCUUAAAUCACAAAAAGAAGUUGAAUAUUUAGAUUUGUCUAAUGCUAGCAUUUUUGGCUCCAUACCCAACUGGUUCUGGGAAAUUUCCUCUAAUCUGUCACUGUUGAAUGUUUCCUUUAACCACUUAGAAGGUCGAUUACCUAGUCCAUUAAUAACAAAGCCUUUUGCAGAUGUUGACUUGAGUUCUAACCUCUUUGAAGGACCUAUUCCUCUUCCAAUUGUUGAGGUUGAGUUACUUGAUAUGUCCAAUAACAAACUUUCUGGUCCUAUUCCAAGUAAUAUAGGUGAUUCCUUACCAAACUUGAUCUUCCUCUCUCUUUCUGGAAACCUCAUUAUAGGAGAAAUCCCGGCUUCCAUUGGCAACAUGCAAUCUCUUCAAGCCCUUGAUCUUUCAAAUAACUACUUGAGAGGAAGUAUUCCAUCAAGCAUUGCAAAUUGUUCUCUCCUAAAUGUAUUAGACCUACGUAAGAACAAUUUAUCUGGAAAUAUUCCUGACUUUUUGGGUGAACUACGUAUGCUUCAAACAUUACACCUAAGUGAUAACAAUUUCUCUGGAGAGCUCCCUUCAUCUUUCCGUAAUUUUUCAAGUUUGGAAAUGCUGGAUCUUGGAAACAACAGAUUAAAGGGUAAAAUUCCACCGUGGAUUGGAGAAGGUUUUAAAAAGCUAAGGAUUCUUAGCUUGAGGUCCAAUGCAUUUUAUGGAGAACUUCCAUCAGUGUUAUCAAAUCUAAGUUCAAUACAAGUCCUGGACCUGGCAGAAAAUCUGUUGAACGGCAGUAUACCUGCCAGUUUUGGAGAUUUUAAAUCUAUGUCACAAAUCCAACACAUAAACCAUUACCUAUUCUAUGGAAUGUAUAGGGGCAGUUAUUAUGAAGAAAACUUGGUGGUGAAUAUGAAAGGUCAGCCUCAAACAUACACCAAGAUCCUUUCCCUUGUAAUUAGUCUUGAUCUCUCUGGAAAUAAUCUGAGUGGAGACCUUCCAAGAGAAAUAACAAAACUGUUGGGUUUGGUUGUUUUGAACUUGUCUGGAAACCAUAUCACUGGUCACAUCCCUGAAAGCAUAUCGGAGUUGAAACAAUUGUUAUCACUUGACCUCUCAAGUAAUAGGCUCUCAGGUCCUGUUCCUCAAAGCUUGGGGACACUCUCAUUCCUGGGGUAUCUGAAUUUGUCAUACAAUGACUUGUCUGGUAGGAUCCCUUAUACAGAUCAUAUGACAACUUUUGAUGCAGCCUCUUUCACUGGAAACCUUGGCCUUUGUGGUGGUCCACUUGCUGUAAAAUGUCCAGGUGAUGAAGAUGAUGAGGAACCAGGUAAGGGAUGGACAACUCCCAAGGAUACUGGUAAUGGUGACAGCUUCAUUGAUAAGUGGUUCUACUUGAGUAUUGGAUUGGGAUUUGCAGCUGGAAUUCUUGUCCCAUAUUUGAUAAUGGCAAUGAGAAAAUCUUGGUGCGUAGCCUACUUUGAUGCUGUUAAUGAAGUUACAGAUAGAAUACUGUAUCAGUGGUUGAAAUAUAGAACCGCAAAGCAGAGGACUAGAGGGCAUUAGCUAACAAGAUGAAGAAUGGGGAAAGUAAGAACCUCACCAAGUAUUCAAGGAGAAAGCUAAAAGGUUUCGGGUUGACACUUUAUUUCUUUGUGAGUGAGUUUUAGGGACACUGGAUUAUAUAAUAACAAAUAGUUCAUUUCUUUUCUUCUGUUUCACCAUCCGAACCUUUGUAAUUUGUGAUGGGUCUAAAAGCUGUUUUCAAAUUAAUAUUGUUGUAAAUGACAAUUUUCUACUAGUUUUCAGUCUUAUGGAAUUUGUGGAAUUACUGGUUAA